AUGUCACAAGAAACACAGGAGUCAAAGCUGGAUAGCAAACAGCUACCGAAGGAAGAGCCCGAGCCCGAAGUUCCUGUCAAUUACCCCGCGCUCCAAUGGCAAAAAGUUGAAUCGAGCAUCCCGGUCCACACUUUCACCAACUACAAGCUGAAGCUCAAUGGUUAUGUGAGAAAAGACAAGAUGAGAGUAGAGGAGCCUGAAGACGAGCCUACUUCUACAACAAACAAUGCAGAGGGACACGACGUGGAGCACACCUCUGAGCACGAGUCAGAAAGUGAAGCAAAGAAUGAUGAUGUCAGAGAUCACAACACCGAAGAGCGCGCGGGAAGCGCAGACGGCGAGCCCGAAACGAAAAGUGAAGAAGCCCAAAAGGAGAGCGCGUAG